AUGUCGUCUCAUACCGACAAUGAAAGUCCGAGCUGCAGCCAAAAAUCUGGGACCAAAAUGCUCAAAGGAAAAGACGACUUCCAAUCGAAUUUUUCGAGCCAUUUUAGAGACAUAAAAAACCUCCGCCAGGUACACAAGAUACCAUGGAUCAAGGAAACGAGUUUUAACACUGCAAUGGGGGGCGUGAGGCACGGAUUGAGUCUGAUUGCAUCUUGGCCAAUGAUGAUGGAAACUUGGAGAAUGACGGUGAUUUGGUUGUUUUACGCUGCCGGAUUUUUUGUGUGCGUGUGCGGUUGUUUGGGCGGGGCGAUUACGGCUAGGAAGGACCUCCAGCGUUUGGUCGCGGCGCUUGGUCAAGCCAUCCCAGUCACGGUGAUAGCCAUCAAAUACGGGCUAUUCAAGACGCAAGUGAAGCCGCUGAACCAGAUCCUGAAAAGCAUGGAAUCGGACUGGGAAAGUGAAAACCUGAAUUCACGAAGGGACGAUCCGGAGGCGAUACGACGCCGUGAGAUAAUGACGAAUCAUGCCCGAGUACCCAGAAUUUUUUUCAACGUUUAUACGUCGGUCGUGACGAUUUGUUGGAUUUUGUUCACGAUCGCGCCAGCAACGAAGAGAAUAUCGUCACGUGAUCAAUCCGCACAGAAUGCCAACAAACUCCCUCUCAAUUCGUGGUACCCUUUUCCCUUCAGUCACAGCCCCAUUUAUCAGAUCAUGUACGUGUUCGAGGUAUUCUUGGGGAAUGUAAUGGUCAUCGCACACACCGGCAUAGACAGUUUGCUAGUUACCAUAAUUUUUCAUCUCUGCGGACAGCUGGAGAUACUGCGGAGUUGCAUUGAGGAGUUUCGAACUGAGGAACGGAGUGAGGAAAUGAUGUGGGCCGACGUGAAGUUCAUAGUUAAACGACACGAAUGGAUAAUAAAUUCAGCUCGUAGUCUGGAGAAAUCCUUCAAUAAAAUUUUAUUCAGCCAGCUACUUGCAGGCACACUGCACAUUUGCUUGGCAGGCUUCAGUGUCCUACAGGCAAUGGAAUCCAACAACACGUCAGUUUUUGUGAAGUUCGGCCUUUUACUUACAAUGGCUCUGCAGCAACUAUUCAUUUAUAGUUUGGCUGGGGAUUACCUAACGUCCCAGGGUACUUUGAUCCGAGUAGCUGCCUAUAAAGCCACCUGGUACAAACUACCACCAUCUGUGAGCAGAUCAUUUUUAUUGAUCAUGAUCAGAGCAACAAAACCGAUUACACUUACUGCGGGAAAAUUCUCGGUCAUGUCAUUACCCAAUUUCACCUCGCUUAUCAAAUCGGCGGUGUCGUAUCUCUCGGUUCUGAGAGCGAUGAAUACGGACAAUUCUAACUAGUUAGUCAGGACUGUUGAAGCAGUUUAAGAUACUUGAAUUCUACUUUAUUGACGUAGUUAACUUUGUGCUAUUGAUAAAUAUUAGGAAAUUUGUUA